UUAAGAAAUAUCAAUGUAACAGUAAUUGUGAAUAAGAUCUUUUUUCUCUCCUUUCCUUUCUUACUGUUUCUCUAUAAUUUGAGCAAUACUAGAACUCCUUUAAUUAUCAUGGUAUCAGAGUUGAGAUCAUAGGUGACAAACAAAGCAUUGGACUACUGAAUGCUCAGAUACACACAGUGAUAAAGGUGAAUCAAAGGUAUAGCAAGUCAAAGCUGCAAGAGAAGUCUCAAUACAAUGGUGAAUGGUGAUACAGCUGAAGGAUUGAAUGGUGCUAAUGGGUUUACACACACAACUUCAUUACCAAUCAUUGAUCACAAUCAUCCACUCUUUCUUCAGCCCACAAACACUCCAGGUAUAUCCAAAGGUCCAUUUCCAAGUUCAUACUCUGGUGGUACCUCCGGUGGACACAGCAGCACUGGUGGAAGCUAUAAUGGUAAUCCAAGUACCUCUGGAGGAAACUACAAAGCUAGGAAGUCUUUUCUGCAGUGUGAACAUUGUGGAUGCAAGGUACACUCUAAGGGUCAAUGCUACAAAAUUGUAGGGUAUCCUGCAGAUUUCAAGUCUAAAAAGAAGUCUCUGAACUCAAGAGCAUAUGUAAAUAAUGUUGAGUUUUCACAGAGUACGGGACAAGAACUAAAAGUGAACAACUGUCAAGGUCAAUCAGUUUCAAACCCACAUCAUGGUGCUUUCUUCACUCAGAAUCAAUAUCAACCAAUUCUGCACCUGCUGUCCAAGACUAGUGGUGUGAAUGAAGCAGAACCACCAGCCAAAGUAGCGACUGCUGAUGCAGGUAGUUCCCUUAGAGCUUUUUAAUGUAAAUAUGAAGGUGGUGAGUGGGUUAUAGAUACUGAAGCUACUCAUCAUGUCACAUCUAAGUUUGAAAUACUAGAUAAAGCCAAGGAAGUACCUGAUAAUACAAGAAGUAGAGUACAUUUACCAAAUGGAAAAGUAGUAUCCGUCUCUCAUAUUGGCAAUACAUGUAUCCUUUCCAAUCACACUAUCUCUAAUGUUCUAUACUUACCAGAAUUCAAAGUUAACCUACCAUCAGUUUCCAAAAUUACUAAAGAAUUACAGUGCAUGGUUGGCUUCUUCCCUGACUUUUGUACUUUCCAGGAUCUUUACACUAGUCAGGUGAGGGGAUUGGUAAAGAAGAACUUGGACUCUACAUACUUAAAGGAGGAUCCAA